AUGGAUUCCUGUUGGAGAAUCGUCUGGGCUUUCAGGAGCCAGCUGGUUAUAUUCCUGGUUCCACUUCUAUUGUUACCCCUCCCUCUGGUCAUUGCGACAAAGGAAGCUUACUGUGGCUACAUAAUCAUACUCAUGGCCGCGUACUGGUGCACAGAAGCACUCCCGCUGGCCGUCACGGCCUUGAUUCCUGUGCUACUUUUCCCAAUGUUCGGAAUCAUGAAAUCAUCACAGGUGUGUAUGCAGUACCUGAAGGACACCAACAUGCUGCUUGUUGGGGGGUUGAUGGUGGCAAUAGCAGUGGAACACUGGAAUCUUCACAAACGCAUUGCACUGAGGGUGCUGCUCAUUGUCGGAGUCAAACCAGCUCUGUUAAUGGUGGGGUUCAUGGCCGUGACUGCCUUUCUCUCGAUGUGGAUCAGUAACACAGCCACCACUGCCAUGAUGGUCCCCAUCGCACAGGCCGUGCUGGACCAGCUGAACAAAGCAGAAGGCAACUGUGGGGAGCAAGAUCACGUCAGCAGAGAUGAGGAACUGGAACUGCAAGAGAAGGCCCCAGUGGAGCCUGGAGAUAAAAUCAUCAUCAAUUCCCAUGCUAUUGAAAUGGUAGCCAGGAUAGAGGAGGAAAAAGACAGUCAAUUACAGAAACAUUUGAAUCUAUCCAAGGGAAUGAGUCUGAGUGUGUGCUACGCAGCAAGCAUUGGGGGCACUGCUACUCUCACUGGUACCAGUCCAAAUCUCAUCCUGACUGGACAGUUAACUGACAUCUUCCCAGACAAUGGAGACAUUAUAAAUUUUGCAACCUGGUUCGGUUUUUCCUUCCCUUGUAUGUUCAUCACAUUGAUACUGACGUGGAUUUGGCUACAGAUUUUGUUUCUGGGAUUUGACAUGAAGGAGAAUUUCGGUUGUGGGAUUGCAAAAUCCAAGAAGGAUAUUUCUGCCUACCAGGUGAUGAAGGAUGAGUAUAAGAACUUGGGGAAAAUGACAUUUGCAGAGAUUGGGGUUCUGACCCUCUUUGUCCUGUUAGUCAUAUUGUGGUUCACCAGGGACCCUGGCUUCAUGCCCGGCUGGGCAACCGUCCUCUUCAACAAAGAAGGAAAUGUUGUCACCGAUGCUACCGUGGUGAUUUUCAUCGCGGUGAUAAUGUUUAUAGUCCCGUCGGACAAGCCGCGGCUCCCGUUCCCUGGUGCAACUAGUGACAGAUGUUUUGUUCUUCCAGGUCACAAACGCAAGUAUGGUCCUGCUCCUGCCUUACUGAACUGGAAAGUUGUCCAACAGAACUUGGCCUGGAACGUAGUCAUACUAUUGGGAGGAGGUUUUGCACUGGCUAAAGGCAGUGAGGAAUCUGGUCUUUCCCGGUGGCUUGGGGAUCAACUCACCCCACUUGAGGCCAUUCCCCCAUGGGCCAUCGUCAUCAUCCUCUGCCUGAUGAUUGCUACCUUCACGGAAUGUGCUAGCAAUGUUGCAACAACAUCACUCUUCCUUCCGAUACUAGCUGCGAUGGCAAAACGUAUCCACCUCCACCCGCUCUACGUCAUGCUUCCCUGCACUCUCUGUGCUUCGUUCGCUUUCAUGCUGCCAGUGGCAACUCCUCCAAAUUCCAUUGUCUUCUCCUAUGGGUACCUGAAGGUGGCUGAUAUGGCGAAAACUGGAAUUGUCGUCAAUCUGAUUGGUGUCAUGGUAAUCACACUGGCUGUGAACACUUGGGGUAUGGUGAUGUUUGACCUGGGAACCUUUCCUACCUGGGCAAAUUCUAAUUCUACAAUCUUACCAUGA